CUACGAGGGCGCUUAUCUACGCUACUAUUUACUCUAGUCUCUGUUAUGUUUUUUCGUAAUUUAUCAGAGCUCACAAUUUUUUUUUUAUUAACUAAUUAAUAGAACUAAUAAUAAAUUAAUAAAUAAAUAAUUUAUCGAAUAUCAAAAUGGAUAGUGGACUAGGAUAUUCGUAUCAUCUGCCUUCAGGUGGAUGGAGUUCGAAGAUUCGUAACACGUUGACUCAAUUUAGCGAUUUGUUUAGCGAAUUUAAUAAAUAUAUUGCACCUGCCUAUCAUCAUGAUCGAUGUGAAAGAUCAGUACCAAUGCGCCUUUACUCGAUGCACAAACGCGAGUUCGUUAUGGUGUUUGUUGCAUUUUUCGCGUGUUUUGGUCUCGCGGUUUUCAUAGGACUCGCUGGACCACCGAUCACUUCGACAGUCGAAGAAAAAGCUAAAUUAAAUGCCACAGAUAUGGCGACUGGGCCAUUUAUUAUGAAGACGCCAGCUCUGUCAACUUAUAGCCAGCAGUUGUGGGUAAUUGCCAAGUUCUCGACGUCAAAUACUGAUGAUGAGAGAUAUGACAAGAGUUUUCAAGUGAGUGUUAAAAUAGACGGAAUAAAUGAAGAUGACAAGCUGGUUUCGGUGCUGGAAAGCGAAACUGCACAUCGCAAUAGGACGAGACAUUUAAAAUGUGAGAGACAAGUGUGCGAGGAAUUAAUUGUCGCACAUUUGGGAUCUCUUGAUUACACGCAUUAUAUAUUGACAGUGAGAUUUUAUGGCCUCGAGGGCUUCCAUCAGCGGUAUUUAAUACGAGACUUAAGUUUUUAUUUCAAAAAUUACAAUCCAGCGUUCACGCAAAUUGAAAUAUGGUUCAGAUUAAUAUUUCUACUCGCCACUUUUAUAAUUACGUGUUGGUUCGGCCACUCACUGAAAAAAUACCCAAUGAACGAUUGGUCAAUUGAACAAAAAUGGGUGUCAGUAUUACUUCCACUACUUAUUCUUUACAAUAAUCCAUUUUUUCCAAUGAUAUUUCUUAUAAAUUCAUGGGUACCAGGAAUGCUGGACGCAGUCAUGCAGACAACUUUCCUCUGUGCUAUUUUAAUGUUCUGGCUCUGUGUUUAUCACGGCCUGAGACAAAAUGAUAGAAGACUACUAACAUUUUAUUUACCAAAAUUGUUGGUAAUCGGAUCCCUUUGGUGUUCAUCACUUACUCUAGCCACGUGGUUAAGAUGGACAGAGCUUGAAGAUCCGACUUAUGAUUACGCACUCGAUACAUCAAAUUAUUAUGGAUUCAAAGUCUUCUUUUUUACUGUUGGAAUUAUUUACAUUGCGUAUUUAUUAUUACUGAUGCUGAAAGCCUACAGUGAAUUGCGCGCGAUGCCAUAUUUUGAUUUAAGAUUAAGAUUUCUGACAUUACUGGCAGUAAUCGUAGCAGCGGUAUGUGGAAUAGUGACAUCCAGACAUUUUGGUGCUGGAGUACUAGAAGACAGUUUUGCGUCACGUUUAUCAACUUACUAUCGUACAAGUGCACAAUUUAUGGCACUUUAUGGUUUAUUAAAUUUUUAUUUAUAUACUAUGGCAUACGUAUAUUCACCAGGUUUACAACAAAUUUACGGCCAACAUUCAUCGAUUACAAAAGAUAAUCCAACAUUUUCCAUGAUUAACGAUUCCGACGAAGAUGUUCUCUAUGGUUCCGACGAAGACAGCAGAAGACCACUGACACGUGCGACCAGAAAUACCGACGAUAGUGAUUAAAAUAAAUAAUUAAUUAAUUAAUUAAAAAAUUUAUACAAAAUUCUCAGUCAGUAAAUGACUAUAAAUAUAAAUGAUAAUUGAUAAUAAUAAUAAUCGUUAUUUAAAUAUAAUUAUUAAUUUUUAUAAACUUUUUUUUAACGCUGAGCAAAUUGAUAAAAAUUUAAAAGUCAAAUUUUUUUUAUCAAUCUGCCGGCAUAGAAAAAUUAAAUUGUAAAAAAGGGGGGAAAUGGACUCCGUUAAUUAAUUAGUACGAAAAUUGACAAUAUUACAAAACAGCGAAUAAUAAAUCGCAAAAUUUUUAUUUACACGUAAAAUAAAUUAAUAGACAUGGAAAAAAAUUUUUUGUAAAAAAAUUAUAAUUCAAAACUAUAAAUAUUUUUAUGUAAAUAUUUAUCUUAUAUUGUUAUAUUUAUUCAAUAUAUUGAUGUUUGAUAAUUAUAAAUAUAUAUAAAUAAUAAAUAAAAUAACAAAUUACAAUUGUUUUUAA